AGCCUGUACAUAGACGUUGGAAAGAAUAUUGUUUUAUUGUUAAACCUUGAUUGAUUAAUUUUUGAAUAGGAUUCUCGCUGCAUUAAACUAUAUAUAUUUUUCGUAAUAUGGCAACUUAGUUCGAAGUCAGCUGUCAACAAGAAGAUUAAGCCUACAAUUUACAAGUUUCUUCUUUUUAAUAAUCGUCAGCUGUAUAGAAAUAAACAAUUUGUAAAAUGCCACCAAAAAAGGAUGCAAAGGGCGGCAAGGAUAACAAAGGAUCAGGAAGCAAAAAAGGCGGUGGCGCAUCCGGUGAUGACAAAGGGAAGGAAAAGAAAGGCGGAAAUGCAGUAAAAGUGCGGCAUAUUUUGUGUGAAAAACAAGGAAAAAUAUUAGAAGCCUUAGAAAAACUAAAAGCUGGUCAAAAAUUCCCCGAAGUAGCGACCGCUUACAGUGAAGAUAAGGCGCGACAAGGUGGCGACUUAGGAUGGCAAAUUCGUGGUGCCAUGGUGGGACCUUUUCAAGAUGCGGCUUUCGCUUUGCCCAUAUCGAAUGUAAACAACCCGGUGUAUACAGAUCCUCCCAUAAAGACGAAAUUCGGGUAUCACAUCAUUAUGGUGGAGGGAAAGAAAUAAAAGAAAAUUUAUGCUGUAAGCUUAUAUAGAUUUUGUAAUAAAAAAACUAAACUACAACAACAA